CCAUGUACGUCACAGCCAUAGACAGUUAAUAAAAGGGUCACAGCAAACUGGUCCCACCUCUAUUCUAGGCUACAGGGUACUUGCUGCGCUUCGAAACGAGCGUACCCCAGCUAGAAAGAAUCUAUCCACCCCGAGCCAUAACGUAACCGACAGAGGGAGAGAAGACAACGACAACAACAAGACAUUAUCGCCGAAUUAUCAUCUAAGAACACAGAUACAACAUCCGUUCACGGGCCAUGAUGAGGAAGUUGUGUGAGGUGGCUCUUGUGUCCCUUCUUAUUGGCUUUCUGCUGAACACUGAAUCAACAUGGGCUAAAAAAGGCACCAACAGCGGCAAGAAAACAUCAUCUUCUACCAACAAGGGUGGGACACAAUCAAAACCAUCCUCUCAGCCAACAUACCCCCGACAGCCACAGAGUCCCAAUCGAAACCCCAAUCCUUAUCCUCCUGGUGGAAGUUACCCAGGAGCAGGCAACACUAAUCCAGGAGGAAUUCCCAGACAAAAUCCACCAAGUUAUCCAGGAGCUGGUAGUAACCCCAACCAGUAUCCUGGUAGAGCCAAUCCUGGAGGUUAUCCAAACCAGAACCCAGCAGGUGGAUAUCCACCUGCAGGAGGCUACCCAGCAGCAGGUGGGUAUCCCAACCAAUAUCCAGGCAGAGCUGGCAACCCACCUAACCAGUACCCAGCAGCAGGAGGCUACCCAGCAGCAGGUGGCUAUCCCAACCAAUAUCCAGGCAGAGCUGGCAACCCACCUAACCAGUACCCUGCUGCAGGAGGCUACCCAGCAGCAGGAGGCUACCCAGCAGCAGGUGGCUACCCCAACCAAUAUCCAGGCAGAGCUAGCAACCCAGGAGGAUAUCCCAACCAGAACCCAGCUGCAGGAGGCUACCCAGCUGCAGGAGGCUACCCAGUCAGAGGAGGAAAUACAGGACAGGGUUGGGGUCAGCCUGGUGCCUAUCCAGGGGGUUACCCUGGUGGGGGAGUUGGUGGUUAUCCUGGUGGGGGGGCUGGUGGUUACCCCAACUGGAACCCAAAUAAUAAGAUCCUUAGUCCCCGCUAUGGUGGAGGAGGAUAUGGUGGCGGCCCAGGGAUGGGAGGGUCUCCAUUCUCUCGUUCUGUCCAGGGUAUGGGUUACCAGCCCAAGUCUUCAGGUUUUGCCAAAAAAGCCAUGUUGGCAGCAGGCGUUGGUGCUGUGGCUGGAAUGGCCGUUGGAUACGGACUAGGGCGCUUCCCUCGACCACACUUUAAUUUCCGCAACCCUGAAGAAGAGCAAUACUACAACAACUACAUGUACCGCCGUUAUGGCACCCAAUCUACAGAUGAAAAAGACUAUGGCCGUGAUUACGUCUACAAGCCUCCGCCACGAGCUGAGACUUAUGACAAGUUCAUGGAACGCUGUAUGAAUAGGACUGACCUCCUUAAAGACCAGGGGAGCAGCUCUUCCGCAAGUCAGGGUGGAGGUGAUAAUGAUGACACCGUCGGCAUAGAGGAGAUUGGAUACCCAGCCCUAAUUGAGCAAUUGAAGUCCCGGCGCUGUGUUGAGCAGUACAUGGUCUACUCUGAGAGUUUUCUGAAGGAACGAAAAGCUGAACAACAACGCCAGCCACGUGGCAGCAGCCCUCCGAGCUAUGGGGUGAUUCAACUGUUCACCUCCCUCCUCAUGCUACUGUCCAGCAUGCUCCUUCUCCAGUGAGAUUAAUUAGUUUUCCUUUUGCCCUGCUCCAAAUGGAUUUCUGCUCCCUCCAUUAUAACUGCACGGCAAUAAACUGCUUAUGUAUUAUAAUCUCUAUAGCAAGCUUUCUUGGUCAUAUUUAGUCAAUCUAUUGCGGCAAAAAACUACUAAAAGGUAACAAAAUGCAGAUGUGUAUUAAUUAACUAUAGUAAUCAAUUUUAAGAAGAAGCAGCCAUUUUAAAACUUGACACAUCAUCAGUUGUGUAUUGUACAAGCUGCACUGUUUUUCUUUCCAGAAUAUAUUUAGCACUUUUAUACUCUUGUACUCUAUUACUGAACACUGAAUGCAUAGAAGAUUAAGAUUACUUAAAGUUCAGUUUUUAUGACAAUUUAGUGUGACAGUAUGUCUAUUACUUUGUGAAAUAGGAAUGUUACAUUGGUAAAAGAAGCCCACAUUGGCUUUCGCCGCUCUAGCCGCUGGCCACUCCCCCUGCAAGAGUGUGCACAGCGCAGGACCAGACAUAGAGAGGGUCUUUGGCAGCUAAAAUGUGAAAUACACCUCAGACCCACAAAAAUGUGCAAAGUUGCACUACUUUGGACUGUCUUUGACUUUGAAUAAACAAAACGACAAUUCCUGAAGUCAAGGACGUUUCUGAAUCCCACACAAGCAAAUCCCAACCAGCUACAGACAAC